AUGUCGCGUUUUAGCAGCGCUCUUCAGCUUACAGAUUUGGAUGAUUUCAUCACUCCUUCCCAGGAAUGUAUCAAGCCCGUGAAAAUUGAAACGAGCAAAAGCAAAACGGGAGCGAAGAUAACGAUACAAGAUGAUGGUUCAUACGUGCAGGAAUCUACGAGUGGUAUUCAAAAGCUGGAGAAGGUGGAAAUCACGCUGGCCGAUUGUUUGGCCUGUUCCGGUUGCAUCACGUCAGCGGAGGGUGUUCUGAUUUCCCAGCAAAGCCAGGAAGAGUUACUCCGUGUGAUGAACGCGAACAAUAUGGCCAAGCUAAACAAUCAACGAGAUGAGAUCAAAUUUGUCGUUUUUACCGUUUCGCAACAACCGAUCAUAUCGCUGGCACGAAAAUAUAAUCUUACACCGGAAGACACGUUCGAACAUAUCUCGGGAUACUUUAAAAAACUGGGAGCAGAUAUGGUAAUAGAUACGAAAAUAGCAGAUGAUUUAGCUCUGAUUGAGUGUCGCAACGAGUUCGUCGAACGUUACAACACCAACCGCAAAACGCUCCCCAUGCUUGCCUCAUCGUGCCCGGGAUGGGUUUGCUAUGCGGAGAAGACGCAUGGAAACUUCAUUCUCCCGUAUAUCGCAACCACUCGUUCGCCCCAACAGAUAAUGGGCGUAUUGAUAAAGCAAUAUUUGGCCAAGUUGAUGCAAACUACUGGCGACAGAAUUUACCACGUUACCGUAAUGCCUUGCUACGAUAAAAAGCUUGAAGCAUCACGCGAAGACUUCUUCAGUGAGGUGGAAAACAGUCAUGAUGUGGAUUGUGUCAUCACUUCUAUUGAAAUCGAACAAAUGCUAAACAGUCUCGGUUUGCAAACGCUUCAGCUUGUGGACAAAGCACCUAUCGAUUGGCCAUGGCCUUCCGCCAGACCACUUGCCUUUGUAUGGGGCCACGAAUCGUCCGGAUCGGGAGGCUACAGUGAACAUAUUUUAAAGUACGCAGCAAGAAAACUGUUCAACGUCCAGCUGGACAGCGUCGUGUUUAAGCCGCUACGUAACAACGACAUGCGCGAAGCGGUGUUAGAACAGAACGGACAAGUGCUGUUGCGCUUUGCCAUUGCGAACGGUUUUCGUAACAUCCAGAACAUGGUACAGAAGUUGAAAAGAGGCAAAAGUACCUACGAUUACGUAGAAAUAAUGGCGUGCCCAUCCGGGUGCUUGAACGGUGGUGCCCAAAUUCGUCCGGAAGAGGGCAGAAAUGCUCGCGAACUGACGGCGGAACUGGAACAGAUGUACCGUUCGUUGCCACAAUCCAACCCGGAGAACGAAAGCGUCGAAACCAUGUACGCGACAUUCUUCGACAGUGAUGGAGAUUUGAACAAACGGCAAAGUUUGCUGCACACGAGCUAUCAUCAGAUUGAAAAAAUCAACUCAGCUUUGAACAUAAAAUGGUAA